AUCCCUUCUUCUAGAUUUCACACACACCCAUUUAUCCUCUUAAAGUCACUGAUUCCUCUGAUCUCCAGAGAGAUACAUCCUCCAACCUCAACCCAUCUCACUGAAACAUCAGUCUGAUUAUGGAUAACCACGAAGACGAUGACAUGGAUGGCUUGGAAGAGGUGGAAUAUUUGGAAGAUGAUGAUGAUGUACAAACUACCGAGGCUUCCCCACCAUACCCUGGUUAUCCAGUAGAUUACGGAGGUACAGAAGUGAGAUUUCAACCAGAAAUCCAUCCAGAAAUUCAAAUUCAACCAGAAAUCCAGGCACCUCCAUAUGCGACUGUAAAUGUGGCAUACACAGCAUCUUCAGAGCCUGGACUUAAAGCAGGAGUUAACAAUCCAUACUUUCAACCAGGUCCAAACCCCGGGAUGUAUCCUCAAGCUGGUGGUCCAAACCCUGGGAUGUAUCCUCAGGCUGGCGGUCCAACCCCUAUUAUGUACCCUCCAGGCAUGGGUCAAAACCCAGGGAUGUACCCUCAAGCUUCAACUGUAACAACCUCAGUGAGGCUGCCUAGUCUGCGUGAUCUACCCGGUCAGACCAUGUGCCCUCAUUGUAAGCAUCAAGUGAUCACCAUCACAGAUUACUACUCUGGACUCAUGGCUUGGCUGGCAUGCGGCUGUCUUGCACUCAUCGGAUGUUGGCCCUGCUGUAUAGUGCCAUUCUGGAUGGAUUCUUGUAAAGAUGUGGAGCAUCGCUGCCCUAACUGCAACAAGGUCCUCUCUUACUACAAGCGCCUGUGAUCUGCGAUACAACAUGGCCUUCAUGCUAGUUUGAUGUCUUUAAUUUCAACAUGAUCUAAUGGGAAUUAGACAUAGGAAUGUUUCAGUUUAAUUUCACAUAUACAGCAAAUGUACAUUACAUUAUUUAUCAUUGAACUUAAUUCCACAAUUGUAAAGCAGGUAGUGCAUUUACAUCUAUGAAAUACUUAAAAGUUACAGACGGCAUUGUGCUCUUAGUAAAACUACAGUCCUGAUUUUAAAAGCGAUGUGUGUAGAGAUGU